AUGGAGACCAACACGAUGAAGCAAGCCAGGGAGCACGUGGCACAGCUGUUUUCUGGGCCGGAGGGGCAGCGGCUGAGGGCGGGUCUGGCCCUGCGCGAUAUGGCGGGUCAACCGGCACACAAGGCGGCCGUACGCGAGGCCGGCGGCGUUGAAGCGCUGUUGGCAGUGCUGGACGGCGGCUGCCAGCACCCCCUCACAGUCGUGGCCGCAGAGGCGCUGUCCUGCCUCGCUGUUGACGACCCGCUCAGCAGGGAUCUGAUGCGGCGCGCGGACGCGGCCGGCAAACUAGUGGCGUUACUGGCGGCCGGGCCGGAGUCGGAGGCGGCGCACCGGGCACUGCUGGCGCUGCGCAUACUCACAGACAGAGAGGGGGACCGCAUGGCUAUACUAAAGGCGGGGGGCAUCCCCCCGCUGGUGGCCCUGCUGCGCCAGGGCCCCUACAGCGAGCACACCGAGUACGCCGCCGCCGUCCUCGGCAACCUCGCCGCCGGCGGACAGCCGCUCAAGGACGCCGUCCGGGAGGCAGGGGCGAUAAGCGUGCUGGUGGAGCUGCUGGCAGCUGACACGGGCGAGAUAGCGGCUGAGCUGGCAGCGGUAGUUCUGCGCAACCUGGCGCUCGGCAACGCCGCUAAUCGCGCGGCCAUCGUUGCUGCUGGGGGACUGCAGCCGCUGCUGCACCUGCUCUCCAUGGGCCAGGACAAGCUCGUGCACCCCAUGUCCUGCGAGAUGGUUUACGCGGAGGACAAGGGGUCCACUGUGCAGCGGCACAAGGCAGGCCUGUGCUGCUUUGACCCAACUGCAGGCCACCUCUGUGUCGCCGCCGCCACACCGCUGGGUGUUUUUGGCUGCAUCCAACCCCCAAGGCAGGCAUCGCCGCGUGAGAGCGGGGCCGAGCGAUACUUGCUGAUGCGCAAGCUGACGGUGACGGAGCCCAAUGCAGACACGCUGGAGCUGUGCUUUGUGAUGGCCGACUGCGAGGGCGCACUUCAAAUAAAGGAGCCCCUCAAACGGCGGCAGAAGCAGCUGCACCGCCUGCUCCGCCUGACCAUCACCCCUUGCAGCGCCACCGAUCUCAAGGGUGCCCUGAUGCGCAUGCUGACGAGGCUGCAUCUUGAGCUGGAGUUCAGAGACUUUGACCUGGGUAAGGAGAACGGGGCUGCCCUGCCGAUCAAGCAUGCCAGGAUCAAUGCAACCUGA